UUGGUGGUCUUCACUGGGUUUCGCAUUAUCUACAGCUUCCAUCGUGGCUCUUGGUUUUCGUCAUCUCCGUGCACAACCAUCAAAAUGUCAACGUCUUCCAGUGCAAGAUUCGACGCCUACUAUGACGAUUGUAUGAACGAGAUCGAGGAACUUUCUACACUAGCAGACGAAGAAGAAACUGGAAUGACAGGACUUACGAAUCAAGGAUACAGCUGCUAUGUGAAUUGCGUCCUUCAGUCACUGCUCAACACACCAAAGUUCGCCUUCCUCUAUAUCAUGAAAGCCUUAAAACCAUACAUCAAUUCGAACAAUGCACGCGGAACAAAAGGCGCCAUAACAGGAAGUUUAAGCGCUGUUGCCGAUUGCUUCUGGAGCACCAAGUUCAAAUCUGUGAACACAAAGGAUUUUCUGGUACUAAACAUUUUAAAUGUAUAA